CUCUUGCUGUAGUAGACAAAGAACAAACUAGCUCCUUGCCAUAAAUCUCAUGCCUACAGGAUGCUACGGGAGAACAGAUCAAUUGUGCCUUAGUGCCUUACAGACGGAAGAAAAUCCCCUCCCAACACCACUGAGAUGAACUAAAACUGUGUUGCCUUUUUUUUUUUUGUAUCUGGAUUUAGCAAACUACAAUGAAGAUUCUGGUUUUCACUGGACUGCUCUCUCUAACAUCAACUUUUACGACAGAGUCUUCACUGAAUGAUUCUGCAGUUAAAACUGUGUCUCUUAUCAAGACUUUCCGUGGAAUUUUACCAAGAGACUAUGAUUACAUCCCACCUCAUGCUAUAGAAGGGGAGACAAAGACAAUCCAUAUCAAGGAAAACGAAAGUUCUGUGAAGAAAUAUAAUGACUCCACUUUAACAGAAGUGAACAACACCACAUUGGAAUACCUGACUAGUUCUCUGAGCACCAAGUUAAUACCCACUGUCUACCUCAGUGCUGUUUUACUGGGUGUACCAUCUAAUGCCAUCAUUUUGUGGAUGCUGCUCUUCAGAAUCAGGUCUGUGUGCACUGCCAUCCUCUACACAAACUUGGCUGUUUCAGAUUUGCUCUUCUGCAUCAUGCUGCCAUUCAAAGUAGCAUACCAUAUCAACAAGAACAACUGGAUUUUUGGAGAAAUUAUGUGUCGAACUACAACUGUGGUAUUUUAUGGCAAUAUGUACUGCUCCAUUCUGCUGCUCACGUGCAUUAGUGUCAGUCGCUAUGUGGCCAUCGUUCACCCUUUCACCUACAAGAGCCUGCCAAAACGCACCUAUGCCAUUGCCGUCUGUGCCACUGUGUGGACCAUCGUCUUUUUGUACAUGCUCCCACUCUGCAUAAUGCAGCAAACCUAUUACGUGAAACAACUGGGCAUUUACACCUGCCAUGAUGUGCACAGUGCCUGCAAAACUGUAUCUUCCUUCCAGUUCUACUACUAUGUUUCUUUAGCUAUCUUUGGAUUCUUAAUGCCUCUUGCAAUCAUCAUUUUCUGCUAUGUUUCGAUUAUUCGAACACUCAAGACUCACGAGUGGUUCUGGUAUGUGAAAGUCAGUCUUUUGAUUCUUACCAUCUUUGCUAUUUGCUUUGUACCAAGCAAUAUUAUUCUUAUUAUCCAUCAUAUCAACUAUUACUACUACAACACAGAUAAUUUGUAUUCUUUUUAUCUGAUAGCUUUAUGCCUUAGCAGCUUAAACAGUUGUCUUGAUCCUUUCCUUUAUUUUCUAAUGUCAAAAAUACGAAGUCAAUCCAAUAUAUACCUAACAAUGGUUAAAAUAACCAGGGAAAUGUGAAUUUUAUUCUAUAUUUAUAUUAUUGGAAUUAUGAUUUUGUAUAGUACUAACCCAGGUAACAAUAAACCUCAGAUUUGACAAUUAAAUCUUAAAAAAAAAAAAAAAAAAAAAAAAUUCUAAGGUUGUUAAAUCAUGACCUCAGUGAAAUUUACUUCUUCCAAACCCCACACAAGAGGCGUCAUCAAACAUACUUCUCUGUUUUGUUCUGUGUGCUACAAAGUCAGGUGAACCUACCUAGAUUGAGGGAAGCAGCUGAGAACUUCCUUCUGAGAAGAUCAAACAUAUGGUCACACUAUAAUAUCAGUGACCACAGAACAAGAGAGGAAUCCAUCCAGCACUUUUAAGGCCCAUUCUUGACUUGGAAACACUUUAUAUGUUCUUUGUGCCCACAAUCACUGCAGGACUAAUGUGAAUGUGAGGUUUUGAUACAUUGGGAAUAGGAACAAGUGGAAGCACUAGCUGUUCAUGAGCUACAACGCAUUAUGGCCCACAACUACGAGCAGAUUCUGCCCUAGGUAUUAGAAAUAAAGAGUUGCAGUCCCAUUAGUUUGGAAGUGCAGCAAAAUCUACAGCCUUAAAAACAGAACUUGACAUGCUUCCAAGAAAGUAUCUCUUCUGAGGCUGCUUAACCAGCUUUGCUCUGGAGACUUGUUCUUCCACUAUGUCAGCACCCGUGCUCCUACAACCCUCAAGGACUGCUGAAAGCUAAACCUUAUCACUGUGAAUCCAGGCAUGCUUUAUUCUUGCUUGGUAAGCAAAAAAGGAAAACUAUUUUGACGUAUCCUCUAUAUUUCCACAUCCUCACAGGAAAUGAUUAGUGUAACAAGAACUGAAGCAAGUUUUGAUUAAUUGCCCGUGCUAGUAAAGUAAAUGGUUGUCUUUACAUUCAUGGAAGCUCAAGAUCUACAAAUGCAGAAUAUAAAAUCCUACAAAAUAAGCUCAGUGAUUGGUUGACACCUGUAACUAACUGUGUAAAACAAAUAAAAAGUACUUGAUGAUA